GAGAAGAUCACCACAUAGAAAAACGCUGCGAUUGGCGAGAGAUUUUGUCGGAUUCGCAUCCCGACACAGUAGCUUCAUUUUCGGACGACAGUUUACAGCGUCGAUCAUCGAUGAUUUCCCACGGUUGUCACGGUUUCCCAAUGGAUUAUUACUAAUUUGCACCACGUCGAACCAGGAAAAUCGCGAGUACUUGGAUACGUCAGCUCAAGAUCUGAAAGUGAGAUCACUCGAGAAGAUCGCCGUCACCGUGGACGGAGAUGAAGACACUGGAGGAGCCCCCGUACCUGACCGUGGGCACUGACGUGAGUGCAAAAUACAGAGGGGCGUUCUGUGAAGCCAAGAUUAAGACUGCCAAGAGACUGGUGAAAGCGAAGGUCACCUUCAAACCUGACUCGUCCACUGCCGAGGUGCAUGAUGAACACAUCAGAGGACUUCUCAAGGUGGGUGCUGUGGUCGAAGCAAAGAACCAGGAUGGAAUCUACCAGGAGGCCACCAUCAACAAACUCACAGACGCUAGUUUGUACACUGUCGUGUUUAAUGACGGUGAUGAGAAGACCCUCCGGCGUUCCUCUCUCUGCCUGAAAGGAGCGCGACACUUCGCUGAGAGUGAGACUCUCGACCGGCUUCCUCUUACGAACCCUGAACACUUCGGCACACCUGUCAUCGGCAAAAAAGGCAACCGCGGAGGCAGACGGUCCAAUCCUAUUCAAGAGGAAGAGUCAUCUUCAUCAUCCAGUGAAGAGGAGGAGGGGGAUCAGCGACAGAAUGAAGAGCUUUACGGCAAGGUGGUGUGUGUGGAAGGAGUCGCCAGCAGCGACAAAAAGAAAACCACAUGGUACCCUGCGCUGGUCAUCUCUCCAGACUGUCAUGAAGACGUAACAUUGAAGAAAGACAAUGUUUUUGUGCGCUCCUUCAAAGAUGGAAAAUUUUACACGGUUUUGCGAAAAGACGUCAGAGAGUUGGAUGAGGCGAAAGCUCCUAAAGCAGACGCAGGACUCAAACCAGUGUUAAAUGCCGCAUGGGAGUUCAAGCGCAAUGGUGCCGUGCCCGACACAUGGAGGACAGAGGUGAAGGACGAAAGCUCCGGCAGUGAGGAAGAUGAAGAUGAAGAGGAAGAGGAGAAAGAACAGGAGGAGGAAGGCAGCAGCGAGGAGGAAGAGGAGGAGGUGGAGCCGUUCCCAGAGGAGAGAGAGAACUUCCUGCAACAGCUUUACAAAUUUAUGGAGGAUAGAGGAACUCCUAUAAAUAAAAAGCCUGUGCUGGGCUACAAGAAUCUGAAUCUUUUUAAACUCUACAGGCUGGUGCAUAAGCUUGACGGUUUUGACAAUAUUGAGAGUGGAUCUGUGUGGAAGCAGGUGUAUCAGGAUCUGGGCAUCCCCGUGCUGAACUCUGCUGCUGGAUACAACGUCAAAUGUGCCUACAGAAAGUACCUGUAUGGCUUUGAGGACUACUGCACUUCCACGGGAAUCACAUUCCGUAUGGAUUUGCCAUAUAAGACAGGUGAGAAGACGGGCUCUAAGAGCGAGGUGAAUGCAGAGGGAACAGCUAGCACCAGUGACUGUGUCGCUUUAAGUACAGCCAGCACAGACUACCAGAAACCCCUUAAAGAACCAGACACCUCGGGGACACAAAAUGCGGUCAAGGAGGAGAAGACCGAAGCCACAGCACAAUGUGAAGAUAAAGUGGACAUCAACAGUGUAGAUGAGGAAGUGGAUAACCACGCUGAUGAAGACGAGAAUGACAUGAACGAAGAUGCCCAGAAAGAGAGUGCCCUGACUGCGGAGAGUACGGUCACAGAGAAGGUGGAGGAGGAACCCUGUGAAGAACUGGACAACAAAGAUCUGUCAAGGGAUGACAGCAGUCAGGAGUGGGAGGAAGGGGAGGAGUUUGAGUGUUACCCUCCUGGGAUGAAGGUGCAGGUGAGGUAUGGGCGAGACCGCAAUCAGAAGACGUACCAAGCCACUGUGAAAGAGUCAGACCUGGAGGGGGGAGAGGUGCUCUACCUGGUGCACUACUGUGGCUGGAAUGUCAGGUAUGACGAGUGGAUCAACGCAGAUAAAAUUGUCAGACCAGCUAACAAGAAUGUCCCCAAAAUAAAGCAUCGCAAAAAAAUAAAGAAUAAAGCAGAACGAGAGAGAGACCAAAUAGAGAGACUGACAGAUGGAGAAGAUUUUCCACCCUCCAAAACUCGAAUCAGUAGAUUGUCCAAACCCAACUCUGGCAAUGAUGUUUUCUCAAAGUUGGAGUGUGGUGAAAAUGGACGCCAGCAGACACCAGUCGAGCCCAUAGAAAUCAUAUCCAUUCUCAACGGUCUCCCUGCAUCCGAGAGCUCCUCAGAUGACAGUGAACGAGAGGAGGACGGUGAAGCUGAUCAUGAUGAAGAGGAUUGUCCAAGUGGACGACCAAGUCUUCGGAAAGGAGCUCUUCCAGAGCACCCGCGUAUACCACAGCACUGGGAGAGUGGAAGCCCAUCGGAGGGCUUCAAAGCACCAGCAGUUGUGGACAACACCAAGGAACUAAACCCCCAGGACAGCCCAGAACCAGGCAAGAAGGGGCAAUAUGAGGCUGAGGUGGAAGGGUCCAGCACCAGAAGGAAAAAAUCAGAAGCUCAAGGAGAACGCGCCUUGAAAAGCCCAGCAAAAAGCAAAACUAGAGACGGUAGAGGUGGGGACUGGCUGCCCAGUAGUUCACCCAAAAAGCUUGUAGAAAGAAGCCCGGGAGAGGACAGAGGUGCUCAGUCUUGCAGCAGUUCUGAAGAUGAAGCAGAUCCUCCAACGGAACCUCAGGCCAAGGUAGAGCCAAGAGGGCAUUCCAAAACCAAGGGCUCCCCAUCAAAGAAGUACAAUGGGCUCAAAGAGAAGAGUAAGGGGGGAUGUUCAGGAUACUGGGAGAUCCCUGAAAAAAGAGCCAAAAUGUCAUCAGGGAUAGAGGAGAGGACACCCAGUUGUCGUACCAAAGGCCAGAAGGACGUUUGGUCCAGUAUCCAGGUUCAGUGGCCCAAAAAGACUCUGAAGGAGCUGUUUUCAGACUCUGACACCGAGGCUGCCAACUCGCCUCCGCCUGCAGCGACGGCACCAGACGAGCCAUGCACCAAACCAGCACAAGACGAUGAGAUAGCUGAGGAACAGCAGGAGAAGAUUCAGGAGCAUCCCAGUAGCGGAACCAACUCAGUCCUCAACACGCCACCUACUACACCCGAGUCACCCGCCAUGGGCGAGGGACCCGUUGAGGUUCUAGUGGAGAUUCCAGCGCCCUCACCGCUCUCUGAAUUGCCUGCCAGUCCUCAAACUGUUUCCUUACCGUCAGGACAUCUGGUUGAGGAGAGGGGAGGGGGUCGCAGCGAGUCAGACAGCAGCACAGUGGAGGUCGAGAGUUUGGGUGGAGAAAUCCAGGAAAUGCCUCAUGAAGAGGAGGCAGGUUCUCCAUCAAAGGCCUUUGAUGGCAACUUGUCCUGCAACAGUAACAGCAACUGUAGCCUAACUCUCAGCAACAGCAGUCAGCAAGAGAGCGAGCAGAAAGCCAAAGCAGUGUCAUCCAGUCAGAAGCGGCACAAAGAGUCUCAAGGGGGCGGAGCGUCAAAGAAACUCAAGCGCAGUCAUAAAAGCCUGAGCUUGCAUCCCAAAAAGAACCGCAAAUCAGCUCACAGCAGUGACAGUGAAGACCAGUCUAUCAGCGAGAGCACUGCCAAAUCUCCAACAUCUAAGAGCAACAGCGACCUGAAAUCAGCCAUCUCACACAAGUGCUCUGGUCGAACGCCCCCCUCAGGCCACAAAUACCACAAGCACGGAGACCCUGAGCAUUCCCACAGCAGAGAGCAGCAUGGGAGGACCAAGUGGACUUUUCAGAUGUCUGACCUGGAAAAGAUGAGCAGUCUGGAGCGGAUAGCAUUCCUUCAGGAGAAGCUGCAGGACAUCAGGAAUCACUACCUCUCGCUCAAAUCUGAGGUGGCCUCCAUUGACAGGAGACGAAAGCGCAUGAAGAAGAAAGAGAGAGAGACAGGUGGGACAGCGGCAUCAUCAUCCUCAUCUUCACCGUCCUCGUCCUCACUGACGGCCGCCGUCAUGCUAACGUUGGCCGACCCGGCGGUUUCGGGCGCUUCACAGAACUCUGGUGUUUCCGUGGAGUGCAGGUGACACGAGUGGAACGCCACCCAGCAGCACAAGAGCACUUAACCAGCACCCGACCCCGGGCUCAGUCCGGUUUCAGCCCGUCCCUGCACUAUCAAAAGACGAACACAAAAACGGGCCACAAAAAUGACCGAAACAAUAGCCACCAGAUGACAGCAACAAGCACUAUUUUAUAUCAACAACUGUUUCCUUGGCAAGCUAAUUGCACUCAAGUGCACUUUUUUUCCUGGAUUGGGUGGGUCGGGUUUAUUUAGAUUUUUACAAAACAACCCCUUUAUUGUACGAUCAUGAAUUAUGUCCAUAAUGAGCAAAUAUUCUAUUGUCUUUGAAUAUUAAUUCAGUGAACUACAGUGAUUGAUCACUGUUAAACAUAUUCAGUUCUGCAAUGUUACCUUUUACAACGUCAUGCAAGAAGACUUCACCCCUCCACCCCGGUCAGUGUCCCCUCCCCAUUGAUCCAGAAGCAGUUUGAGCCAGGCAGUUGAGUUUAUAAACCAGAAAAUUCACUGACAGCCAUUUAACAGGUGAAAGUCAAUAGAUGCAGUGCCUUAAAGUGCAGCUGUUUGGGGCACUCGUGUGGAAUGCUGGGAAACGUCAGUGCGGGAUAACGUAUAAGUGGAGGGGUCGAUGUAUGUUUCAUAAGCUAAAUUAAUUCAAAUUAAAUACCCAAACAGGUACCACACUUACUAAAUCUCUCAAGAACACAUCUGGGUCAUAAUUUGCCCCAAAAUCAAAAGAAAGAAAUUAAGAUUAAGCCUGUAGUGGACCAGUACGAUUUUUUGCAUUGUGAUAUUCUCACGUAGGUCAAAGCGUACUUCAGUUUUCAGCGUGCUGGUACGUCCCGUGCACGGUGUGCAUGACACUUUGCGUCAUCGACAGAGUAUGCGUGGACUGUCCGCUUGCAGCCUGCUUUUUCAUGACGCGUGAAAUACGCAUCAUUGCACGUCAAACACAUUUGCGAGCUAAGAUCGAGACGGAACGGCACAUGGAAAAAUUAAGUAUUCCCAAACCUUGGCACUUAAACAUUUCUCGCCCAGUUCUCAUUACUGUAAUGUGAAAAUAACAGGGUAGUAUUUGUAGCAGUUAUUAUACUGCAUUUAUUUGACAUUUUAUUUAGGUUUAAAUAUAUAUAUAUAUAUAUAUAUAUAUAUAUAUAUAAUUCUAGAGUAAAUUCUAGAGACACUUGUGUGUGAAAAUCCCAGAAAUAUUCAAACCAACAAUCGUGCCACGCUCCAAAUCACUGAGAUCACAUUUUUCCCCAUUCUGAUGGUUGAUAUGAACAUAAACUGAAGCUCCUGACCCGUAUCUGCAUGAAUAUAUCUACUGCUGCCACAUGAUUGGCUGAUUAGAUAAUCGCAUAAAUAAGUAGGUGUACCUAAUAAAGUGGUCGCUGUGUGUGUGUGUGUGUGUGUGUGUGUAUAUUUAUAUUUAUUUUUAAUUAUUAUUAUUUUUACGUUGUGAAAUGUGACCUGGACAAGUUUUCAUGAGAUUCAUGUGUUUUUAAAUCCAAGAUUUGUCAAUUAUUUGUUGAAUAAUUUAAAAAAGACUUAUGAAAGAUACAUUAUCACCCUUCACUUUGAUUGUUCCUUGCUUGAUCCCACGACAUUCUGGAAAUGUAUUUGUCUUUUUGGCGAAAGGCUGACGGAGGCACGAGCGAAUGAGUCGGGCCAAGGGCUAAUGAGCGAAAGUACUGAUUUAUGUGGAAAGCUAGCGUUCGGUAUCUCUGAAGCGGAAAUGUAUUAUGAUUGUUGAGUUUUUCUGGCAGCCAGGACUCUAAAUGUAUUUUACUACUGAAAUAUAUCAGGACCCUGUGGGUGGGGUUUUAAUGGUUAAAGGAAAAGCUCACCCAAAAAUGAAAAACUCACCCAGAUGUCGUUCCAAAACCUUACGAUGAUGAUGAUGUCGUCGUUGUUGUUUUCCCGUGGAGUACAAAUAGAAUUUUCGAAGACUAGACACAACAUCAAGUAUAAACUGUCAUCAUGUAAAAGAGCCGCCGCCGCGUGAAGAAGAGCAAACAGGUUUGGAAAGAUAUGAGCGUGUGUCGUUUAUUUUUACGAGUGAACUAUCCCUUUAAAAAGUGGCAGUAUUGAGAAGUGCAAUGCUGAGAUCCGUCUGUAAUCGUGCGCAAUGACGGAAACGGAUCUGUUUUGCACGUAGCCUUUACGCGUCUGUCUUUCUCCAUUCCCGCUUGUCGUUCUUUUGGAAUGCCAUAAAUGUAGGACGUCAACCGAACGAAGCACUUCAUUGCCACUGUGGAACGGUCCAUUGUGCGAUGGUUUAUACACGUGUAGUAAUGGCCGAUUUUGGGCAACCUCGCCGUAGAUUGUUGUAAAGCUAAGAAACCCAAGGAACGUCACCCUAUGAUUUUACGUCUGUAAUCGGCACAUCGUGUACUGAAAGUUUAAUGUCGGUACAUCUUCCGUGCUCUGUUUAAAGGAGGCUCGUUGCUCUUUAUGGAACACACUUUAAUUUUCCUUUGAAAAUGUCAACGCUCCCAUUUCUUAACCUUUAUGGUUUCGUUCACUCUGACCAAGGGAAAGGGUCACGAUGAUGAAAAUGUGCGUUUAUGAUAAAGCUCUAUGUACAAUGCUGAUGACAUCACCAGUGUUUCCUUUGUAUAGACACCCUAUUGUAUCAUAACCUGAAGGUGUGUACCGUUCGGUACUUGUUUGCCUUUGUUAUACAUUUGUAUAUUGAGAAGUGUGUUUUGAGUCAAGCUAUUUAAUAUCUUGCACUGUUAAUACCAUGUAUGUUUCUGUACAGUUUUACCUGUAGUGUCUGUGUAUGUUUUCCGAAGGCAUGUCCAGUUUCUCAAAUGUUCUUUUUGCGUUUCGUUCUAGCGUGGGACACGUUAAGUAGGAUUAGUUUUGAUUCAACUUUUCAUCCUUUUUUAUUUCCUUCGUCUUUGUGCAUUUCCGUUAAACUGUGCUCAUACUAGGCUUUUUUAUAUAUAUAUAUAAAAGUGGAAUUUUCCAAUCUGUACAUGGACUGUAAAGUUUUAUGGAUCUUUACAAAAAUGAGAUGAGAUCUGAGAUGUUUGUAAACACGAGAGAGACUGAUAAAGCUGAACGGAAAGUUCUAUCAUAUUUAUUAGGCUCAUCAGAUGAUGGACUGUGUGUAAUUUAUUGUACAAAUGUAAGCAGAAUAUCCUUUGAAAUAAAUGCCAUAGUUUGUGAGCUCUAAUGUCCAGUUUGGUGCAUAUACAGAUAACCGACGCCAAAUCUGUUUUGCAAUACUAGGGUCGGACAUGCAAAACAUGGCCGAGGUUUGUGGGUGUAUUUUGUUGUCUUUGUGC